ACUCUCGGUCGUACCAGGGCAUUCGGGGGCAAUAAGUCGUCUGAUCUAAAUUAACACUUACGUUGGAACUGGUAUAUGUAACAAAUUUAUUGAUGCAAUUUUAUGGUCAAUAAUCAUCAGACUUUAAUGUAUUAUUCUACAAUAUAAGUUGAUCAAGUCAUACAAAUACCAAUCAGAUCUAUUACUGACAACCCCAUUAUUAUGAUACUAGUGUAUGUAAGUUCAUAUUAAGUUAGUAAGUAACUUAUUUGUAGUUCUUGUCACUUUCUUAUCUCUCAAUAACUUCGUAUAUAUUACAUUGUCUGCAUAAUGUCCUGGCUUUUCAUUGGUUCCACAUUAAAAUUUCACCCAAACAAGAUUCUAUAUGAUAAUAAUAUCCUCUUGGUUUCAUAUUUAGUCUUAACAUAUUCGAUCAAUGGAAGCACUACUUGCCUGCGUAGAUAUUCCUCCAAAUUGUCAUGAUGCUAUACCUCUCUUGAACUUGGAAAAUCAAUCUUUCUCCAAGCUUUUCAAGCGAAUCCUAAAAAGGUUGGAAAAAGGGGAGACUUGUGUUCAAAAGACGUUGCCUAAAUUAUUAAAUGAUGGUACUGAAAAAGAGUCAGAAUACGUACUUAUUGGGACUAUUGAAGAGGAAAAUUCCAGAAUAUUAUUCGCACGACUUCUAAACUCAUCAGGGAAUAAUGAAAUAUACAAACUUCCAUUUUUUCGUUUCACCGUCCGUAAGAUUGAUGAAUCUAUAACAAAACAGAAUCAGGAUGUUGCAAAUAACAGCAUUGAACCUUAUCUGCAUGAUACUUUUAAACGUCUUGAUGAUAAAAUGGAAAAUUUUUCAACACAGUUGUCGAAAUUGGUAGAAUCUUUGUCACAGAAAUCAGCGCCUGGUUCUGCAAGAAAACCGAAAACACCUGCGGCAACUGCUUCAGUAAAUACUGCUGCAUCAAAACCUAACUUGACAUCGAAACCUAUAUUAGCUCCACAACUUUCACCAACUUCCACUCCCAAAUCAGCACCAGCAUCCGUAUUGAAACCUGGAUCUAUACCAAAACUUGCAUCCACUCCAAAGUCUAUGGUUAUAAAUCAAGCAGGUGCUCUUGUUUCAUCCACUGCAAAUAAACUUAAAUCAACCCCGAUUAAACCAUCAUCUGACCAUGUUUUAGAAAGACAACUUUUAAAUGAAAGUGGCACUAAAAAGAAACAAACUGAAUCAUUGACACAAGCUCAUAGUCAAAUUGAAAAUCCCAGAUUUGCUUCAAUGAUUGAUAAAGCUAUUGAUCAUGUAUUAGAUCGUAUUCAUAAAGGGAAAGAUAUUAAAAUUGGACCAAUGUUACAAGAAAGAUUAUGUUCUAUCAAUAGAUGUAAUAAUAAUACAAUGGAUCAUAUUGAACUAUCUAAUCAUGUUGAUAUGGAUGAUGAAGAUGAUGAUGUCAACGUUGCCAAUCUGACUACUUAUAAUAACAAUAUUGUCUAUGAUAGAAAUCAACAUAAUCUUAAUGUAAAACCUAAAAAGAAUUUAGUUGCUAUUUCACCAUGUGUAUCAUUUAUGAUGAAACCAGUUCAAAGUAGUGCUACUACCACUACUACUACUACUACUACUACUACUACUACUAGUAGUAGUAGUAGUGGUAAUAACAUUAAAUUAAAUACUACUAAUAAUAGAAAGCAUCAAUUAUCUACUGAAGAUUAUGAAGAACUGGAAGCUGUUUUACAAAAUGAUGACGGUAUAAGUAGUAUUCAUUAUUCAAAUGAUACUACUGAUUAUAUUGUUAGUAAUGACAAUGAACGAAAACAUAAACAUAAAAAACGAAAACAUUCAGAUGAUUAGAUAAUGAAGCAAAGAAACAACACUAUCUGUAUAUAUGUUCAUGUGUGUGUGUGUGUGAGCGUCCAACUUCACUUUUGUACAUAAUAACAAUAGUCUUAUUAUACUGUGUCAUAUCUGACUGUACUUUUCUGUGGACUAAUCCAUUUAUUACAUGAGUGCUUAAUGGUUUUAUCAUUUAUGUAACCUUUUUGUUUUGAUAUAGUAACAAGCUAAUAAGUUAUAAUUUAUGUAUAUAUAUAUAUAUAUAUAAUCAAUAUAUUUUCUAUCAACCA